CUGAAAGGCAAGGCGCCUUACUACUAGUCCUGCUGUGCUUCUUCUCUCCCGCCUCUACUUAACCUCCCCCCUACCUACUGGAUUUUAUUUUGACAGUAAAAGAAAAAACAUCUUCAUUGCCAAUCUUUGUACGCCCUCCUUUUCUGAACUUCUCUGAUUACCUUUUCGAGUAAUCUAAUAUUCUCAAUCUCCACCAUGGGCGACAACAACCAGGCCACUACUUUCGGCAACAACCCCGCCGCCAAUGCCCCCGACGCUGCUGCGUUCGACAAGGGCAAGGGUAAGGCCAUUGAACCUCACGAUAUGAGCAUGGAUGAGGAUGAGGAGAGCGAUGAGAGCGAGAACGAGAACGAGGAGAUGGCCGCCGAUGACGAAGACGAUGACCAGGGCAACCUCGAGCCCAUCUCCGCAAACAACAUCAUCUCCGGUGGCCGCAGGACACGCGGCAAGAAUAUCGACUUCCAGCAGGCUGCUGAGAAGUUGGAUGAGAUGUCCGACGAUGAUGAUGACGAUGAGGACUUUCAAGCAACCAACGACAACGACAAGGACCAAAUGCGUGACUAG